AUGAAGAGCCGUCACGUUGACAUGCGGCGGUGUCUGACUUUCCAGCUGUGCCUCCUUAUCCUCUGCCACGUGGCAUCCACGUGUCAUGCGUGUCUUCCGCCGUUGUUCGCGGCAGCGGCGAACGGUUCCCCUCCAAACCCUAAUACGGAGUUCGACUUCGACUGGCCGGGUGGCGAGGAAAAAAUCGCCAUGGCUCGAAUUGCUGUGGCACAGCACAACGCGGCCAAGUCUAGUGUGGGUGGAGCACGAAGGCAACUGGAGCGCCGGCGACUGGAGCAGCCACGAGGAGUACCGCCUCAGCCUGCUGCGUUGCUCUCGUUGACGGCGCUCAGCCUGCUGCGCGGCCGCACCGCCUCCUUUGACGCCCUCGUCUCAUGGGUCCGUGCCAUGCCUGCACCAUCCGCCCUCACGCCUGCUGCCCCCGCGCCAUCUGCCCUCACUCCCGCUGCCCUUUCACAACCCGUAGGCACUCUGGCCGCGCCAGCAGCAGCAGCAGCAGCAGCAGCAGCAGCAGAAGCCACAGCGGAAACACUAGGAGGAGGAGGAGUGGGAGGGGAGUACGGGUUGAGGUCGUUCACCAUGCAGGCAGGGUCGGAGCAUGCGAGCACGGAGGAGGAGCAGGAGAUUGCGCUGAGGCACGUGGUGCGGCGGCCGACCGUUGCAUGUGGCGAUGAGUUGACUUACGUUGACCUGUCAGGGGAGGACGUGCAGCGAGUGGCGCGAGGGGCGGUGGCGAGUGAGAAUGAGAGGCAGACCCAUUACAACUGCCUCCUUCCUUGCUCCCUCCCCGCCCCUCUUCCCCCCACAGGGCAGCGCUCUGCUGCUGAUGUCGGUGCUGGAGGCACAGGGGCGAACGCGAGUGAUGCCGCUUCUGGUGCAGCUUCAGCAGCAGCAGCAGCAGCAGCAGCAGCAGCAGCAGCCGCAGCAGCAGCAGGGAGGGUGGGGUUGGUGAAUGUGACGUGGUUUGCGGCGGUGCCGGGGACGCAGCGGAAUGCAACAGCGGGGGACAUGGGCGUGGCGGCAGCAGGGGGGUGUGCCGGGAGGAAUGCGAGCAGCAGCGCCAGUGGCAGUGCGUUUAACAGCAGCAGCAGCAGCCGCAGCAACAGCAGCAACAGCAGCAGCAACAGCAGCAGCAGUGGCGGUGGUGGGGUGGUAAAGUGGGACUUGGCACGGGCCAUGGCAGGGAUGUGUGUGGAUGAGGGGUGGGUGCUCAUCCCUGCUGCUGCCACUGCCGACAAUGGGAUGAUACCCAAUGCUUCCCCCAAUGCCUCCUAUUAUCCCCUCUAUGAUGCCUCCUCCAAUGCCUCCUCCAAUAUCUCCUUCAAUGCCUCUGCUACUGUCCCCUAUAACGACUCCUCCAAUGGCUUCUCCAUGCGCUCCCUCGCUCGCUUCGCCAUCGGCGAGCGCAAUAUGCAAGACAACGACUUCUCGUAUUUGACUCUUCUGGAUGUGCUUGCAGAGAGGGCAAAUGUGGUGGAGGGGGCAGGGAUCAACUACAGCGUGACUGUAACAGCAGCGGUGCAUGCAGCACCCCUCAUGUUCCAGUCGGUGCCUGGAGGAGAAAACAAGGCAGCAGGUGUGAGGGAGAGGAAGGAAGUGGCGACAGUGAAGGUGCCGGUGUGGCAGCCAGUGCCCUUCACGGCUCACCGCCUGCUUGACUUAUUCGUGCUGGGUGACGCAGUGAGCAAUGACUGUGCUUCCCCACCCCCGGGCCACAUCCUCCUGGGUAACUGCAUGGCAGUGCCCAAGGCUGGCUGCUCCGUUGCUGCGCCGAUAGGAUUUGUGGUCGUGUUUGGUGUGCUUGUCUCCCUUGGCCUUCUGCUGGCUCUCAUGUAG